AUGGAUCCCUCGGCCAGUUCCACCACUUCUUCUCUGGUGGCAGAGGACACUAUUCUACCGCCUGCAGCUAGCCUCAUUCCUGGACACAGAGAACGAGGGACCAGGGGGUAUCAGCAUGCCCUGCCUGAAGUCCCUCGGGUGUGGGCUCUGAUUCUGGAGGGGCGUCGGUACAUAGAGAUGGACGAGGGAGUGGUGACAGUGGCUCAGAUCCAAUGGCUUCUCAUGGAGAACCAGGCAGCAGGCCUCAGAGUUGUGUUGGACCUUUGUAACCUAGACCUGCUCAAACCACAGGACCCUGAACGCAACGACACAGAGGUUCCCUCUGGCCUCUCCGGGUCAAUACAGUAUGCCCUCCGAUACUGGUUGGAGCAGGAGGUGGCAGGGUUUGGAAUCUGUGACAUUGACCCUGUGUAUUCAGAGCAGAAUCUGAAAGAGUGGAGAGUUGUGGUCCAGGAGUUCAGCUCAGAGGAUGAUGAGAGUAUUGUGAUGAUGAGACAGAUAGGAGAGUCUCUACCUGCCUUGAAUGGCUCCAGCACCUCACUCAACAGCUCAUUGGUAGUUAGAGGUCACUGCUGCUGCACGCGAAUCAUGUCAUGUCCGGAUAGGAAGUGGUCGUUGCCGUGGAGAGACCCCUGCAAACACUCCAGGGAGACAUUUGGACGAGUCUGAUGGUGGGCAGUGGUGAAGCAUCAUGGGGGCUGCAGAGGGUACCCAUGGUUCUGGUGAUGACAUUACCUGGAACCCCUGUUGUCAAAUACGGCAAAGAAAUCAUCAAUUUACAGAGGAUGUCUGUAGAGAGCAGGGCACAUGAUGCAGACCAGACCAAUGGACAGGGGGAUCCCCAGGGGGAAAAGGGAAAACUCAAAUCCUCCAUCUUGGAUUUCUUCCACUCCCUCAGUCACAAUCCUCCAUCUUGGAUUUCUUCCACUCCCUCAGUCACUCCCGAUCCAGAGAGGAAGUCCUCCUUUUCAGCAUCUUCACCUUCCUCCCUUUCAAUACUUCCUCCGUCCCCCUCUCCUUCUCCACCUCCUACCCAUCCCAAUCCUCGCCCCCGGUGCUGGCCUUUCUACGCUCCUGGGGCUGUGUUCACUUCCUGGUUGUGUUGAACCUGUGGCCUGUGGCCCAGAGCCUGAAACAAGCCUGGACUUCCAGCCUGCACCUGUUGGACGGUUUGUGA